AUGCCUAAAAUCUCUGACGAAAACUUCAUCUCCGUUGAUAAGUCUACUAUGGGACUCAUGACUACUUCCAUUAAGGACCAAGAUGGCACUUGGACCGUUGUUGGUUCUAAGAGCAAAAAACCUUCAUUUCCUACUUUUAAGGACAAUAAAAAUGUGCUUGCAAAUCGUAUUGGCGAAAAUGUUUCUCUCAAGAAACCUACUCUAAACGCAUCCAAGGCAUUGCCAGAUCACCAGAAUCGCCCUCUUGUUUCUAAGCAUGCUCCUAAACCAGUUUUGUCCAACUCAAAUAAAGAUAACAAGAUUGGUAUUUCAAAUUCUCAUCCUCUUUCUAGUGUUUGGGCUAAGAAGUAUCAGACACCUUUGGUUUGCACUGACUGUGAAGACUCUGGUGAUAAUAUUGAAAAUCACCCUCCUGUUCGUGCUAAAUUUGGACCUUCUGCUUCUGUAGCUACUACCCCCAAUGUUUUGGAGUCAGUCUCCAAUGCUAAGUCUCACUUGACUCCUUUGUCUUCAUCUAUCGAUAAUUUCCCUGAAAAUGGGUUCAAGUACAUUGAGCCUCGAUUUGUUUAUGAUAUUAAUUGCGUUGUGUUUGUGGGAAACGUUGCUCCCACAACUACACAAGAUAUGCUCAGUCUUGUUAAAUCUGUCAACCUGAAGAAUGCCGUCACUGGACGCAACAGAAGAGACUAUGCCUUUAUAAAGUUUCUUGUACCCGAGUCGGUCAACAAGGUACUUAACCAUAAAGAGCCAUUGGUGUUGGACGGUGCUACCUUAGAGGUUCGUCCCAGAGCUGGAAACGCAGGCACUGAAGACUUUCAGUGCUCUCAUUUUCCCAGUACUACUACCUCAGAGAAGAUUGAUCCUGCUAUCCAGCACUUUCGCACCAUCUUGGUUGAAAACAUUCCGAAUCAAUGGUCUCCCCAGUUUUUUUAUCAGUGUUUUACUGCAUAUGGUAGGCCUACUGGGUGCUUUAUUUAUGAUGAUCUUGAUUCCAAUGGAAUGAAGAGAGGGUUGAUUGAAAUGGAAAGUGCUCAGACUUGUGCUACUCUUUGUAAGAACACUGGUUUUUUGUUGCUACCAAAUAAUGUGACUGUAAAGGUGACGUUGACAUCGAUUACCAACUUUGCUGAAUGGGUCAAAAUGCAUUCCCAAUGGCUCAUGUACCAGCAGAUGUGGGGCAAUUAUGGGAAGGUUAAUUCACCUGCUGGUCCUUCCUCUGGAAUGCCACCCUUGGUACCUUUGGCUCCUGAGAAAAGAGUUUCCAAUGCACACGUACCUUCUGUAAAUAAGAAGGCUCCAGUUAUUGUCAAGGCUAGCAACGUUGACAUUAAAGCAUUUAAAAAUAGUGAUGAGAUUUUUGAGACGUUUACUAAUUUGUUUGGCAAAAUUCAGACUUCGGCUAUUGCAUCCAUUAAUUCUGAAGGUAAAGCCGUGGUGAUUUUUAAGGUGCCUGAUUUGGAAGAAGCAAGGAAGGUUAAAAGGGAUUUUGACUGGUAUACAUUUCCUGGAACUCCUCCAGAAAUCACCUUCCCUUGA